AAAACAAUGAAAAAUUUGCAACAGAAGCAAAAUCAUGAGUUACCCAAGUAGUAUAGCUAUAGUAUUACUAGUAUAGCCUACCUAAACGACGAGUUUCUUUUCGACUUCUAUAAUAUAAUGUCUUACUAGUUACUAAAACACAAUAUUGAAGCAGAACUCUUAAAGUGUUCAGAUAUCAGAAUAGUUCGUUGGAGCUUUUUAGUUUUAUUAGUUUUUACGUCUCCGUUUAACUUAGUUGUAAUUUUUAGGUACCGUUUAGCUAUAUUCUUAUUCGUCCAGACGUUUGUAAAUUGGUUAUAUGUUUAUAUGUUUAAUAUCGAUAAAAUAUGGAGUAUCUAAUUUUUACGAUGCUUUCUUCUAUACUAGUAAUAACUAUAGUGAUAUUAAUACUUAAAGGCAGAAAGAAUAGAAUAUUAGCGAAUCGAAUACCUGGACCAAAUGGAUGGUUUCUUGUUGGUAUGUUACCACUGUUCUUACAAGGACCAGAAAAAUUAAUCAAAAAUAUAUUAAGAGAAUACCGAAUAUAUGAGAAACAUAUAGUUAAAUUCUGGCUUUUUAAUAAUUUAUAUAUUGUACUUACGAGACAUCAAGAUAUAGAAUUAGUUCUUGGGAAUCCAAAAUUUUUAAGAAAAUCCAAGGAUUAUAUGGUUUUACAAGAGUCUAUCAUGGGACAAGGAAUAUUUUCCAUUGACGAUAUUGAAAAAUGGAAAAAUAACAGAAAAAUGGUAAUGAAAGGUUUUAAUUUCACACCUACAAAAUCAUUUAUACCAAUUUUUUACCAAGAAGCAAACGUGCUUGCCGAAAUACUUCAAGAAAAGUGUGUCCUGAAAUCAAAUGAAUGUAAUAUUAGUGGUCCUGUUAGUAUGGCCACAAUGGAAAUGAUCGGAAAAACAGCUUUAGGUGUAACAUUUAAUGCUCAAACAGGAGGCUGCAAUCAAUUUGUUGAACAUUUACAAACUGCAAUGCAUGCAUGGGAGUAUAGAGUCACACAUCCAUGGUACUUAAACAACACAUUAUUCCGAUUUUCAUCAGUGAAACGUGAACACGAUCGAAGUCAAAAAAUCAUAAACAAAUUGACAGAUGAAAUUAUAAAACAAAAAAUCAUUGAAUUAUCCCAAAAUAUAAAUAACAGUGAGAAAAAAAUAGAAAGUGAUAAUGAAGAGUGUUGCCAAAAAUCAAAAACCGUUUUAGAAAUUCUUUUAGGAAGCUCUCAUAAAAUGGACCAUGAACAAAUACGAGACGAAAUUGUAACAGUUAUGAUUGGAGGACAAGAAACAACUGCUAUGGCGAUCACUUGUACUAUUUUCAUGUUAGCUCAUCAUCAGGACGUACAAAACAAGGUAUUUGAGGAGUUACAAUCGAUAUUUGUGAAUGGAGAUCGUAAUGUACCACCUACUUAUAAAGAUUUUCAACAAAUGAAAUACGUCGAAAUGGUAAUCAAAGAGACAUUGCGACUUUUCCCUCCGUUGCCAUUUCUUGGCAGAAGAUUAGAUGAAGAUAUGAAAAUAGGAGAAUAUAUGUGUCCAGCUGGUGCUGCGUUAAUUAUUUGCCCAAUAUUUGUACAAUCAAGUCCAUUGUAUUACACCGAUUCAGAAAAGUUUAACCCGGACAACUUCUUGCCCGACGCUUGUGGUAGUCGACAUUCGUAUGCAUACAUUCCAUUCGGUGCGGGGCUCAGAAACUGUAUCGGAAUCAAAUAUGCUAUGCUUCAAAUAAAAACUGUUAUUUCCACACUAGUGAGAAAAAUAAAAUUUUCCCCGUCUGAAAGAUGUCCUACACCAGAAGACUUAAGAUUAAUGUUUUUAAUGACACUUAAAUUAGUUGAUGGUUGUUACAUCAAAAUGGAACCACGGACGUGACUUUAGAGAAUAGAGAACAUUCAUUAAAUCAGUUUACCAGUCCAAAUGAACAGUUUAAUAUGAAUACUCUAUAUAGAACUAAAAUAGGUACUAUUAUAACCAUCAUACUGCUGAAUAAAAACCAUUAUCAUAUUUCCGAAUACUAGAUAAACAAUAUCUCAGUAUGAUGUAGAUGUUAAGAAAUAAGAAUAUCUACAUAUUAUAAUAUUUAACGAUUUAAUUUAUUCAAAUUUUAUUCUAAACUGUU